GUUGGUGUCAGCCUCCCUCAGCGCCGGGCUGCGAGGAGCCGCCGGGGCCAUGCGCGCGCCGCGGCGCUGAUGCCGGAGGGGCGGCCCCGGCCGGGCGUCUCCUCCCCCUUCCGGGCUCGCUGCGGCCGCCGCCGCCUGGGGCCAGCGGGGAGCGCGAUGAGCUAGGGGCGGGCCCGGCCCCGCCGAGCCGAGCCCGCCGAGCCCAGCCCCGCGGCAGGCCCCGCUUCCGCCCCGCGCCCCGGGACCAUGCGGCUCCGCAUCUACAAGCGCAAGGUGCUGCUGCUGCUGGCGCUGCUGGCCGCCUGCGGCCUGGCGCUCUGGGGCCGCCAGCGCAAGCCCGAGCCCGCGCGGGACCCCGGCGAGCCGCCCGCGCCCCGCGCCGCCAGCCGGGCGGCCGAGCUCGCCGCCUCCGCCGCCAGCCGCCGGGCCGCCAACGCCUCGGCGCCGCCGCCGCCCCCCGAGGCCGAGCCGGCCAACCGGACGCUGGGCUACCGCUCGCUCUUCUACCGGCGGAACUUCGACCAGCCCGUGCGCAACCUGGCGCGCUUCCCGCGCCGCCCGCCCGGCGAGCUGGUGCUGGUGGUGCAGGUGCACGAGCGGGCCGAGCACCUGCGGCUGCUGCUGGAGUCGCUGCGCCGGGCCCCGGGCGUGGAGAACGCGCUGCUGGUGCUGAGCCACGACCUGUGGUCGGAGGAGCUGAACCGGCUGGCGGCGCAGGUGGAGUUCUGCCAGGUGCUGCAGAUCUUCUUCCCCUUCAGCACCCAGCUCUACCCACGCGAGUUCCCCGGCCACGACCCCCGCGACUGCCCGCGCGACAUCGACAAGGCGGCGGCGCUGCGCCUGGGCUGCAUCAACGCCGAGUACCCGGACUCCUUCGGCCACUACCGCGAGGCCAAGUUCUCCCAGACCAAGCACCACUGGUGGUGGAAGCUGCACUUCGUGUGGGAGCGGCUCCGGGCGCUGCGGGAGCACACGGGGCUGGUGCUCUUCCUGGAGGAGGAUCACUACCUGGCCCCUGACUUCUACCACGUCCUCAAGCAGCUUUGGGCGCUGAAGCAGCAGGAGUGCCCGGAGUGCCAGGUCCUCUCCCUUGGCAGCUACAACGUGGUGCGGGGGGGCUUCUCCGGCAAAGCCGACAAGGUGGAGAUGAAGACGUGGAAGUCCACCGAGCACAAUAUGGGCAUGGCCUUCAGCAGAGACACGUACCAGCAACUGAUCGAGUGCACAGAUGCCUUCUGCACAUACGACGACUACAACUGGGACUGGACGCUGCAGCAUUUGACUAUCUCUUGUCUUCCCAAAUUCUGGAAAGUGCUAGUACCCGAAAUCCCCAGGGUUUUUCAUACAGGGGACUGUGGCAUGCACCACAAGAAAUCCUGCAGACCAUCCACCCAGAGUGCCAAAAUCGACUCACUCUUAAGCAGCAACCAACAGUACCUGUUUCCUGAAACAAUGAGUGUCAGUAAAAGGUACUCCAUGGCACCUCUCUCUCCUCACGUGAAAAACGGAGGGUGGGGAGAUAUUAGAGACCAUGAACUCUGUAAAAGUUAUCGCAGACUGCAGUGAAAAUCAAACUCAAAUAGCCUCUCUCUUGAAUUAUUCCAUACUGUCUUAUGGACAAAAGUGAAUAAAAGGGUUUCUGCUUUAAGAUGAAUAAACAUUCUUGUAAAAGGUG